UUUUGUUUGGCUUCUGGUUCUGGAUAAGAGCUUCGUGCAGCUGCGAAGGUUUUGAAACCUUCUGGAAGUGAAGAAGAAGCGCCAUGGUUGGGAUUACCAGCACCGUCGGAUUCAACGCCGUUUUCUCCGGAAUCACCAAAACUUUGUCGUCGCAUUCACUAUUCUCCGUCGAUUCCAAGCUCUGUGGUCUUCGUCUCUCCAAAACCGAACUGUCUUUCGCUAAUCUCACUCCUUCUCCUCGCCGUGGCUUCACCGUCACUUGCCGCUUCGGAGGUGGUGGUGGUGGUGGAGGAGGUUAUCGUUUCUCUGGAGACUCGAGGCGAGGUAGACCGAAAGAAGCAGAAGUUGAUGAAGCGCUUGAUAUCGCCUCAAUUAGGUCAGCUACUGUUAGGCUUAUCGAUGAAAAACAGAACAUGCUUGGUUUAGUAUCUAAAGACGAAGCUGUUCGAAUGGCUGAUGAUGCUGAGCUUGAUCUGGUGAUAUUAUCACCUGAUGCAGAUCCUCCAGUUGUUAAAAUGAUGGACUACAGUAAAUACAGAUACGAACAGCAGAAGAAGAAGAAAGAUCAGCAAAAGAAAACCACUCGCAUGGACUUAAAGGAGCUUAAAAUGGGUUAUAACAUUGAUCAGCAUGAUUAUUCUGUUCGUCUAAGAGCUGCCCAAAAGUUCUUGCAAGAUGGUGACAAGGUUAAGGUUAUUGUGAGCAUGAAAGGACGAGAAAACGAGUUCAGAAAUAUCGCUAUUGAACUCCUCAGACGUUUUCAAACCGAAAUAGGGGAGCUUGCGACUGAAGAGAGCAAAAACUUCAGGGAUAGAAACUUGUUCAUUAUCUUGGUACCAAACAAGGAGAUGAUUCGGAAACCACAAGAACCAGCCUCAAGAAAGAAGAAAAAACAACCGGAAGGCGAAGUUUCGGCUGCAGAAAUAACGGUUGCAGAAGUAACGGCUGAGCCUCUACAGAUCGAAUCUGAAGUUUAAAUCUUUUGGUAAGGAUUCUGAGAGCUAAAGUAAAGUUUUGUAUAUUUACUUUUCUACCAUGUCUCAAGAGAGUCAAGAGCUGUAUAACAGAUAGAAUUAGUCCUAUUUGAAUGAUGUUCUUCGUUUGUAGAUCAUUUCUCUAAUCAUUUUUGUAUAACUUUCAUCGUAGUUGAUUCAUACAGAAGUGUACUUGUUUAACCAA